CGCAGAGAGGGGAGGUGGAGGUGGAAGCGGAGGUGGAGGUGGGAUGGCCCAGCCCUGAGCAGCAGUGGCGGCGGCGGCUCCUCGGCGGAGCCUCCUCCCCAUUCUUAGGAAGGGUGGUCAUGGAUGCUGUUGAACUGGCUUCAAGGGGAUUGAUUUCUGCCCCCGAGCAUCCUUCAGUCCCUUUCGUUUCUCUCGGCUUGGCUCAGUGCCACCCCGGGAGAGGGGUGUGGAAAGAAGAAGCCACAGAUCCCAUGGAUCUCAGAACAUCGAGGACAAGGUGAGCAGCAUUGUCGCUGGGCAUCUAGGUAAACACAUGACAUCUGCAACCUUUGGAGGAUCCUAGACUCAGAGCUGAAAGAGACUUCCAGGAGCUACAAUCACAUCACCGUCAAGGAGAAAGCUGCAUUAUUCUCUGGCUUAGAGAAGAACCUUCCUGGCCAUCCAGCAUGUUCUGCCUGCUCUACCACGUGGCAUGCCGAUCAUGAGCAUCAACUCCUCUCUCAAUCAAGGGAAGGAACUGGCCAACCUCCCCGGCCCGGAGGGUGAUGACGGGGCAGUCACCAUCACCGAGUCUAUUGCCAUCAUCAUCAUCGCCAUCUUCGUCUGCCUGGGUAACUCGGUGAUAGUGUUCACCCUGUACAAGAAGUCCUAUCUCCUGACGCUUAGUAACAAAUUUGUCUUCAGCCUGACCCUGUCAAACUUCUUGCUAUCUGUGCUGGUGUUGCCCUUUGUGGCAACGAGCUCCAUCCGGAGGGAAUGGAUAUUUGGGGUGGUCUGGUGCAACUUCUCUGCACUCCUGUAUCUGUUGAUCAGCUCUGCCAGCAUGCUUACCUUGGGUGUCAUUGCUAUUGACCGCUACUACGCCGUCCUUUAUCCCAUGGUGUACCCCAUGAAGAUCACUGGGAAUCGGGCUGUGCUUGCCCUUGUCUACAUCUGGCUCCAUUCCCUCAUCGGCUGCCUCCCUCCCUUGUUUGGCUGGUCAUCUGUGGAAUUUGAUGAGUUCAAAUGGAUGUGUGUAGCUGCCUGGCACCGGGAGAUUGGGUACACGGCCUUCUGGCAAAUCUGGUGUGCCCUGUUGCCCUUUGUGGUCAUGGUGGUUUGCUACGGCUUCAUUUUCCGUGUCGCGAGGGUGAAGGCCCGAAAGGUCCACUGUGGUACGGUGGUCAUUGUGGAGGAGGACGCUCAAAGAAAUGGGAGGAAAAACUCUAACACUUCCACGUCUUCCUCGGGCAGUAGGAGGAACACUUUCCAAGGUGUGGUCUACUCUGCCAACCAGUGCAAAGCGCUUAUCACCAUCCUGGUAGUGAUUGGGGCAUUUGUCGUCACAUGGGGCCCCUACAUGGUCGUCAUCACUUCGGAGGCUCUCUGGGGAAAGAACAGUGUCUCUCCUGCCUUGGAGACCUUAGCCACUUGGCUGUCCUUUACCAGCGCCAUCUGCCACCCCCUCAUCUACGGACUCUGGAACAAAACAGUCCGCAAAGAACUAUUAGGCAUGUGCUUUGGAGACCGCUAUUACCGAGAGCCAUUUGUCCAGCGACCAAGAACUUCCAGGCUGUUCAGUAUCUCCAACAGGAUUACAGACCUAGGACUGUCACCACAUCUCACCGCCCUCAUGGCAGGAGGACAGCCGCUGGGUCACAGUAGUAGCACUGGGGACACUGGCUUCAGCUGCUCUCAGGAUUCAGGGACUGAUGUGAUGCUACUUGAAGAUUACAGUUCUGAUGACAAUCCUCCUUCACGCUGCACUUGUCCUCCCAAGAGACGGAGUUCAGUGACGUUCGAAGAUGAAGUGGAACAAAUGAGAGAAGCUGCCAAAACUUCUAUUCUCCACGUGAAGGCUGAAGUACACAAGUCCCUGGACAGCUACGCAGCCAGCUUGGCCAGAGCCAUCGAAGCGGAUGCCAAGAUUAGCUUGUUUGGGGAGGAGGCUCUGCCUGGAGUGCUGCUGGCCACUCGGACCAUGCCGGGGGGCAGCUUUGGGGGCCGCCGAGGCAGUAGGACUCAUGCUAGCCAGAGGCUGCAACUGCAGAGCAUUGAGGAGGGGAACAUUUAGCUUUGGGGCCAUCGAUAAGGGACCAGAGACACCAUGCAGGGGCCAGAGAUAGAGAGCCAAGAAAGCAAGACCUUUCUCCAAGGAAGCUGUGGCUCCAAGUGGCCCAGUGGUGGUGGGGCUACAUGGGGGGUAGGGGGUGAUCGCCUGAUACAUAAGCACCCAAAAAGACCAAUGGAGACAAAACUGCUACAGUUGGCAACUAGUUUCGGCUCAUUGUUACAUUAUAGCCACUCUUCUAGGUUCUAGUAACUUUUUAUCCCUAAGGGGAUCCAAGGCACAUAGAGAAACAAAUGUAGCAUGGUUUUGUUUUAUUUGGAGAGACACUGUUACCAGGUCCUCCCAGUUGGGGCAGAUAAGUUUGAAUAUAGCAGGGGUAGACUAGGAAUCAGAGAGCGGGGAAUGCACUUUCUAGGGAGGGCAUCUUUCCUUCCAUGUCAUCCCCAGGGCCAUCGAACUGGUGUCUUGUUCUUUGGGUUGGCACCCUUGGGUGCUGUGUGCGGUAAUUCCAAUUUUUGUGCUAAGGGAAAAAAAAGCAAACUUAAGUGCUUGUUUAGCAGACGGUCCAGCCCAUAAAGAAUUAGAGUUCUAAGAGCUGGUGUCUGAGCUUUCCACCUAUUUGGCUUCUGGGUGCUUCUUGCUGAAGCUAUAGGUGGGUCAGGUUCAGAGGGAAGUGAAAUUGUCCUUGCCAGAAAGCAGAUCAUUUGUUGAGGAUCAGGCUGUUUGACUUUCUUACCCAAGGGUGUUUAUAUUUCACAAGGGGGAAACCACUAUUCAUAGGAAAGAGGAAGAGUAUUCAUAGAUACCUUGUGUUUCAGACUGAAAACUUUCAGAAUAGGUAUUAAUUCAGUGAAUGGUGCUCAGCACAACUGUACAGUGUAGCUCCUAUUUUUAUUUAGGGAUGAAACUAUCCUUACAAGUAAAAGCUUCAUUGAGUGCCCUUCUAUUUGUGGUAUUACAAGUGAUCUUAGGACAGAGUCUUUUUGGGAACCAGGGUUAGAAAAGAAUUAAUGGUCCAAAAAGCCAAUCACUGCUUCUCAAGAUGUACUGAGAACUUUGUGGUCAUUUUUCUUUCACAUUGGAGGAAAAAAAUUGGAUACAAUGAAGCCAGAAAACAGUAUUUGCAUCUUUAAAAAAUUAUGGUAUAUAUAAGGAAGGGAAUACUUGGGCAUUUUUUCCAGUCUACUUUUCCAGUUAUUGCACAGUCCCCAGUGGAAGACCAGCCAACAGGAAAUCUUGGAGGAAAAGGCUUGAAUUGUAAAGAGUUCUUCAAAAGUACAAAGAACAGUCAGACAUGAACUUCCUAAGGGCAGAUUUUUCUUAGCUUUACCUUGAAGGUUUAGGCUAAAGAUGGCCAUAGGAUCCCAAGUGAACUCAAGAUUCCAGAAGAAUAUCUUCCUUCCCUGUCAUUGUCCCCUGACAUGGGAUGGUUUUAUUCUAAGUUGAAUAAAAUCCAUUUGUGAUUUGGGGGGGUUUGGUUGAAUAUGACUGAGUGAGGGGCAGUGUGGUAUAAGUGAAUAGAGAGCUGACCCAGAAACCAAGAAGACUUGUAUUCUAGUCUUGCUUCUGACACAUACUGGCUGUGUGAUCCUGAACAAGUCACUUAGCCUCUCAGUGCUCCAAACGGCCCUGUAAGACUGUGAGUUUUAGAGAAAAUACCAUUCUGCAUCAGUAGAAGGAAUUUUCCAUUCCAGGAGUUCCCUGUGUUUAGGAAAUCACAGAUUUAGACGCUAUAUCUUUAACGAGGUAAGGCUUAAAAGUGAUCCAGGAAUACCUGUUUUCAAGGAGCCCAAGUUUCUCUAUCCUCUUGACCUUUCCAUUUGGGAUAUGGCUAAGUUUGGAGGGUAGACUUUAUAGCAUUUACUCUUUAAAGCAAUAAUGUAAAUAGAAAGCAUCUUUAAUUGCAUUUUCUAAGAGAUUUUGUGGCAUUGGCCCAUAGUAUAAUCUUGACAUUCUCCCAUUUCAAGAAUGAGGCCCUUAUUAACAUUUACCAAACCCUAUGUCAGAUAAAGACAAGAGUGUUGUGUUUGACAAAUGGCAAGAGAGCAUCCCAACUGGAGAGCAGAGUUGGGAUCUUAAAAGAUGUUGGGACCAGCCAAAACCACAGGCUGAUACUAACAGAAUAAAAUUGGAAAUUAGUGUGAUGUUCUAGUCUUGGGUUUAAAAGAAAGAAAGAAAUCCAGUGCAUUAUGAGGGACUAGACAAGAGAUUAGAUGAAGAGUCAGGAUUUAGUGGAUGACAAGUCCAAUGUGCCAUGUCUCAUGGCAGCCACAACAGCUCUUCCAUUCAUAAUCAACAUUCAAUGAAAUAUUACAUCCAAGAUGGAGUUUAUGGAAUCAGAAACCUAGAAUUAGAAAGGACUAUGGAAGCUAUUUUGUCCAAUCCCUUUAUUUUACAGAUGAGGAAAUGGAAGGGGAAAGAGCUUAAAAAACUCGAGUAGUAAUGGAGGUGGAAGUGAACCCCAGAAACUCUGCCCCAGUGCCACUCAUAGGUCUGCUGGCCAAGCCACAUGUAGAAUCCCGAGUUCCGUUCCCAAUUAUGACAUAUUACAACAAGUCAAGAGCAGAGGAGAGUAGCAGAGGGAGAGACCAUACAGUUACUGAUUCAAGACCCUGGAGGAGAGGAGACUUUUAGGGAGGAUCUUCAGAUAGCAGGAUAUCAUGUUAGAAGAAGAAUUAUAUUUGUGAUCAGCUCCAGAAGACAGAAUGACAAGCAAAGAGUAGCCAUUGCAAAAAGAUAUAAUGAGGUUCAAUGGAAGGAAAAAAAAAAACAUUUUGGACAAUUAGAACAUUUCCAAAAAUGGAAUGGGCUCUGUUAGGAAAUAGCGAGUUUCUUGUUAUUAAAGGUCCCCAAGAAGAGAUUGAAUGACAACUUGUUAAAGAUGCCCUAGAGGAGAUCCCUAUUCAAAUGGCCUCUGAAAUCCCAACUUUGAGGGCCUGAGAUUCAUUUCUCAGUGCAGGGACAGGGUAUGUAUAUGUGUGGCUAAAAGAAAUUGAUUCUUUUCCUUCUUCCCCACCCCCGAAGAAGAAAGGAACUCAAUUGCCAGACUCUUUCAUGACAUUUAAAGGCUUAUCCUUGACUCUCCCACUCCACUUGUCGAUCAGUGAUUCCUGGUAUCAGGAAAAGGUUGCUUUCUGAAACUUUCCUGCUCUCGUUUUCCCCUAGAAUUCACUUAAGACAGUAUUAUAAGGGCUAUAUUCCUGGUUAGCCAUUGGGGACAAAAGGGAUGGGACUGGGGCAUAUGACAAAGAUUGAAAUAGUCCAUGACAUUUCACCACUGUCCCCCAUGUUGAACCCAGUGGCUGGAGGAAGGAAGGGGUCCAGGACUUAACAGGACAAAUCAUCUAUUGGGGUUACCUUGCCUUUUUUCAGUGUAUUGAGAAAUUUUAGACUGGGUGCUUUUGACAGGAUGCCUUUUCCCUAAGUGGCUCCAGGGGAAAAUGUUCUGGGAACUUAGCUGAUCCCUGUAAGCUGUACUGGGCAGUAUUAAGAUUCAUCUUGUGAACCACCCUGACUCCAGUGUAGAUUUCUAUAAACUGCCAGCACUUUGUAUUGGUUUGUAAGUUGCCUUAUCCAUAUUAAUUGAGUUAAUGAGGGAAAUCCUAACAUUCCCCUUUGUGUCUAGAGGGAUCUGAGCUAAGAGAAUUUCAUAUAAAACAGCUGCCCAACUAAUUGCUAAAAAACAACCAUCACAAUCUCCAAAAAGAGCAGUAAUAACAACAACCCAUUCCAGUUGUUGAGAUUCCUGGGCACAUUAACUCCAUCCAAACCAGAAGUGCUAGAAUGAGAAAACCUUUCUUGACAAGAUGGAAAACUGUUAACUUUCCAGUUCUCUGACCCAGGUCCUGCAUGUUCUGACCUCAAUUCUGAUCCCAAGGUUGCUGACUUCUUGUGGUAGUGCAGGGCAGUUCAAGAGCUAGUAACUCACCCCCUUGGGCUCCUUUCUUCCUGUUCUACUGAAGCUCCAGCACUAUCAUGUAUUUAGAUCCAAAAGAUCAUCCAGUGUUACUGUAUCUAAGAACAUUGGCAUCAUAUACUGGGGGUUGUUGGAGUCUUUGGGACAAGCAGUUGAUAACGGAAGAAGUUGCUUUCAAUCUCUCCAUCUUAAACAAUAGAUGUUGAAAGUAAUUGCUAUGAAAAUUAUCAGUUAUCUUUAUUGAAUACCUGGGCUUAGGAAGAGGGAUUAGGAUAAUGGAUGCCAUUUUGAGGAACUGUGUGCCCUUUCUACCAAAAAAAAAAAAAAAGUAUAAAUCAUGAAGAGAAGUACAAAAAGGUUGCCCUUUGCAGGUUUCUUAGCCUCUUUUCAGAAGAAUAUUUUUAAAUGUAUAAAAUAGAGGACAACAAAAGAAAUCAAUAUAUUGAAAGUUACCAAUAUUUUUAGAAAAUAAGAUUACAGACCCUAAAUUAAGAACUGAUGUAGUCUAACCCCUUCAUCUUUUAGGUAAGGAAAUUGUUCCAAGAUCAUAUAAAUAUUAAAUGGCAGAGCUAGGAUUUGAAGUACAGCAAUGAUUCAAGAUGGAUAUCUUUCCAAUACUUUAGGGAGGGAAGGAGCCCUCUGUGAAGCUUAAAAAAGCUUUGAUGCCAGAAGACCAAGCAGACUGACUUUUAUACAGAGGGACAUUCUUUAAACUUUGGCAAACUGAAGAACACGGGCUCUAUGGGGAAUAUUUGUGUAACCUUAAGAAAUCAUAGACUCAUGGGAGAUGAUUGGAAUUGGCUCACAGCACAAAUUACAAAAAGCACAACUUUGGCCAGUGUUAUGUUUGUGGAUGUGUAUCACAAAGUCACAGUGUUCAUUUUCUUCAAAUCUUUUCCCUGAAUAGUGUUAGCUAGUAGCGAAUUUUAAUCCCCUUCUUUUUAACUGUUGACAUGGGCGUUCUUGCCCAAGUGUUAGAAAAAAAUCACAAAUCAUGGAGAAAGUCAACUCUAUCUGAAUUUAGGGCAACAUGAGGUAAAAUUAUAUAACACUGCUGCCAUGUAAGAAUAAUUGUAUAGGAUUGAAGUUGCCUCCCUGGGAGGCAUGACAUGUCAUUCCAUGUUGCAGAUGCAUGAUAUGUGUUGGGUGCUGACAAUGCAACUCUCAAUCAUGGAAAGUACCCAUCCAAGAACUGGUAUUUGGAUUAAAGUUUGGAGAUUAAAAAAAAAACAGAUAAGCAAAGGAAGAUUUAGGAUUGUAAAUCAGCAUUUGUAAGCAAAUGGAAAUGUAUUUAGAACAGUUUUAUUUUUUUAAAUACUUAUUUGGGUGCUUGUAUAAAUGUAUAAAAUGAGUGUUUGACAUUCAUAGACAUGGGGAUCUAAGGUGAGUUUCUCAUAGGUAAGCCUAAUUUCCAACCUGGAUACAAAGAGGAGGGAGAAAUAGAGAGGGGCAUAGCAUAUGCAGAGUGUUCUCCAGUUCUUCCGAGACCUAAGAAUUUAUAAUAAUGUCAUACUUGGUAUGCUGAUCUCUAGAUUUUUUACAAGGGUUCCAACUGUGUUAUUUCAUUUGCUCCUCAAAAUAUCCCUGUGAGGAGAUGGGGUCAGGGGAAGGCAGAUAUUUCUUUCCAUUUUUAUUAGGUGAGGGCUCUGAAGCCCAAAGAGAUGGACUAACUUGCCCAUGUGACAUCUUAGCUAGUUGGUGACAUCUCUAGCACAGGGAGUUGGGGCUCUGGCACUUUUCACUAAGUCUUAGCACCUCUCCAUCAAUCAGAUCCAUAAUUAUCUUUUUCAACUACUUACCUUUACAACCAACCAUGUUGUUGAUUGGUUAUCACAGCAGUGAUUAUUUAUGAGCCCUUGUCUAUGAGAUGUAGUCUUGCCGACUCCACCUUCCCAAUAGCUUACUUAGCUAUCCCUUUCUAUCUAUUCCUGUGAUCACUACCCUAAUUCAGACUGCCAUCACCUCUUCCUGCUUCCAUUUUUCUCCAACCAGCUGCUAACCAGACAUUCCAAAGGCAUGGGUCUGAACAUAUAAUUUCCCUGCUCUAGCAGUUUAUGUAGCUCCCUAUGCCUCCAGGAUAACAUAAAACCCCCUCAUAUUGGCCUUUUAUAAUCUGACUCCAGCUUCUAUUUCCAAAUGGAUCUCAUGUUUUUACCUCCCACACCCUACAUUCUAGACAAACUGGGCUCCUUUGGUAUUCCCCACACGUAUUAAAUAUUCGUGCUUGUUCUUCCCUCCACACAAAAGCUAUUCCACCUGCAUGGUAAUGCUUUGCCUCAUCUUUGCAUUUUGAAGCUCCUAGCUUCCUUCAGUCUCUGCCCACUUGCCACCUCCUCCAAGUGGGCUUUGUUGUUCUGCCCCAUUGUUAAUGCUACCCCACCUCAAAAUGAUAUUGUAUCUACUUUGUAUAUAUUUUGUACUUAUCUGUGUACAUUUUCCUCCAGUAGAAUGUAAGCUCCUUGAGGGCAGGGACCGCUUUGUUUUUGUCUCUCCGGUGCCUAGAUGAUAUCUUGCACAUAGUAGGCACUUAAUAAAUGUUUAUUGAAAUUGAAA